AUGUUCACUCUUAGACUGGAGGAGGACAGGAAGGGGAAGGAUUCUUAUGAGAAGGAGGAUGAGGAAGGAGUGCAGGAUGCAAGCACACAUGGAUCACAGCAAUCCAUGGCCAUCAUGUGCACUGUUGACAACAGUGGCAACCCUGAAUUACAGGAAAUGGUGAGCUUGGAAUCUACUACUCCUACGCAUUACGGAUGGAGACGGUGUGUUCCCAAGUCCUGUGGAGACUAUCCUGUGGGCUUGAACAUGACAGCGAGACCGGAUGGCAACUACGAACAGGGACAAGUUUGUAGUCCCAUCGGUUGUACCAAGUGCCCUGAAUUCGUUGAUGACCCGUACAUGAAAGUCUUCAUGCCCGUCCAAAACAGCACCAAUGAAGUUGUGUGCCUUCCUGGGUCCAAUUCAACGCUGCCGGAUCCAGCAAUGUAG